AUGUUUAGAAGUAAAAUUAGGAUACACACAUGUCGAAUAAUACUUCUCACAUCAUUAGUGUGGUUGUUGGUGGAUGUUGCUAUAUUGACGUUUUAUUCAGAUUGUUUUGGUGAUGGGUGCAAUAAGAAAACAACAAGUGACUAUGGGAUAAGGGAUGUAGAAGAAUUAAAUGGUAAAAAGGCAGCAAUAGCGGCAGGUUUGCAAAGAGAUGCUGAUCUAGACACAAACCUUGAGGAAAAUGAGAUAGAGCCAGACAUUGGAGAUGAUGGCCUAAACCUUGCUCCAUAUCCACGGUCCAGGCUUAAAAGAUGGAAACCUAGUCCUUCUGUUAAACCUAAAAAUGACUCCCCAGGAGAAAUGGGAAAAGCAGUAAACAUUCCGGCAGACCAGGAAAAGAUAAUGAUGGAUAAGUUUCAGGAAAAUCAAUUCAAUUUAAUGGCUAGUGAUAUGAUUUCAUAUAAUAGAUCUCUGACUGAUGUUAGGUUUGAGAAGUGUAAAGAUAAGCCGUAUCCACAAUUGUUACCUACAACAAGUGUAGUAAUCGUUUUUCAUAAUGAAGCGUGGUCCACACUGAUAAGAACUAUAUGGAGUACAAUUAACCGAUCGCCUAGACCUCUACUGAAGGAGAUUAUUUUGGUUGAUGAUGCAAGUGAAAAGGAACAUUUAGGGAAGAAACUGGAAGAAUAUAUCAAAACCCUGCCGGUGCCAACGCAUCUAUUUCGUACUGAAAACCGUUCGGGUCUGAUUCGCGCGCGGCUGCUCGGCGCUAAACACGUGAAAGGUGACGUCAUCACCUUCUUGGACGCUCACUGCGAAUGCACAGAGGGCUGGCUAGAGCCACUUCUCGCGAGGAUAGUGGAAGACAGGACGACAGUCGUGUGCCCGAUCAUCGAUGUCAUCUCCGACACGACGUUCGAGUACAUCCAGGCGUCCGACAUGACGUGGGGCGGGUUUAAUUGGAAGCUCAACUUCAGAUGGUACCGAGUGCCAGAACGUGAAAUGGCGAGAAGGGGCGGCGACAGAACAGCGCCCUUACGCACACCAACAAUGGCCGGCGGUCUUUUCGCCAUCGACAAAGAUUACUUCUACAAGAUCGGCUCUUACGACGAGGGCAUGGACAUUUGGGGCGGAGAGAACUUGGAGAUGAGCUUCAGGGUGUGGCAGUGCGGCGGCCAGCUCGAAAUAGUGCCUUGUUCCCACGUCGGGCACGUGUUCCGCGACAAAUCGCCCUACUCGUUCCCUGGCGGUGUGCAAAACGUGGUCCUCCAUAACGCGGCGCGCGUCGCCGAAGUGUGGAUGGACGAAUGGGGAGAGUUCUAUUACGCCAUGAACCCAGGCGCAUUGAACGUGCCUGUCGGUGACGUCAGCGAACGAAAAGCGCUGCGCGAGCGACUCAAAUGCAAGAGCUUCAGGUGGUACCUGGAGAAUAUAUACCCGGAGAGUCAAAUGCCGCUUGAUUACUACUUCUUGGGAGAGAUUCGAAAUGCCGAAACAUCAAACUGCUUGGAUACGAUGGGCGGUAAAGCUGGACAACCGUUGGGUAUGGGGUAUUGUCAUGGGAUGGGUGGAAACCAGGUGUUCGCGUACACUAAGCGCAAGCAAAUUAUGUCCGACGAUAAUUGUCUCGAUGCGGCUCACCCGAGGGGUCCCAUCAAACUUAUUCGGUGCCACGGGAUGCGCGGCAACCAGGAGUGGACUUAUGACACUAAGACGCGCACAAUAAAACACACCAACACCGGCAUGUGCUUGGACAAGCCAGAGUCUGGCAAGCGAGGCGCAGCUAGUGUGACGACGCCGUUCACGAUUCUACAACGAUAG